AUGUCUGGUCUGUGGCUGAGCUGGCUAGGGACGCGCGCAGAGAUUCUGAGGAUCUGCGGUCUUCCCGGCGGCGGGGAUGAGGAAAGUCUGGGGUUCAUCCAACGGGAUGAGCUGAGCAGGACAUACGGGGACGGGGUAGAGGAACUGGGGGAACCCCUCGCCCUGCAGCAGGACCCUCACAGCGGUCCGAUGGAAGCCCCCCAAAACAUUGACUGCCCCAAAAUAACCACAUGGGAGGCAGCCUGGAAUGUCACCAACGCCAUUCAGGGUAUCUUUGUUCUGGGAUUGCCUUAUGCCCUCCUGCACAGCGGGUAUCUAGGCUUGUUCCUUCUCAUUUUGGCUGCAGUCAUCUGCAGCUACACCGGUAAGAUCCUGAUUGCCUGCCUGUACGAGGACACUGAAGAGGGUCAUCCCGUCCGGGUCAGGAGCACCUACGAGGAAAUCGCCAACGCCUGCUGCCCGCGGCUGUGCCCCCAUCUCGGGGGGAAGAUUGUCAACGUGGCACAGGUGGUUGAGCUCAUGAUGACCUGCAUCCUGUAUCUGGUUGUCAGCAGCAACCUGGCGAGCCACAGCUUCGCUUUCAUUCCGCUCCCUCCGGCGACCUGGUCGGUGAUCACCUUCCUCCCGCUCGUACCCUGCAUGCUGAUCCGGGACCUGCGCGUGGUCUCGAGGCUCAGCCUGCUCUGCUCGCUGGCCCAGUUCCUCAUCACCUUCAUGGUGAUGGCGUACUGCCUGACCCAGGCGCACCGCUGGUCAUGGAGGAGGAUGUCGCUCCCCGUGGAUUUCCAGAAGCUGCUGGUGUCUGUCGGGGUCAUCAUCUUUAGCUACACCUCCCAGAUCUUCCUCCCUACUCUUGAGGGCAGCAUGAUGGACAGGGGGAGCUUCGCCAGCAUGAUGACCUGGACCCACUCCCUCGCCUGCGUCUUCAAGACGGCCUUCUCCGUGCUGGCCUUCCUCACGUGGGGCGAGGAGACCAAGGAGGUGAUCACCGACAACCUGCCCGGCGGCCUGCGGGCUGUGGUCAACCUCUUCCUGCUGGUGAAGGCGCUGCUGUCCUACCCCCUGCCCUUCUACGCCGCCGCCGAGGUUCUGCAAGGCUGUGUGCUAAAGCGGGGGAUGGAGCCCGCUGGGAUGCAGAAGAGCACGCUGGUCCUGAGGGGCGCUCUGCUGCUGCUGACCUUCCUCAUCGCCAUGUACAUGCCCCACUUCUCCCUGCUCAUGGGCCUGACCGGCAGCAUGACCGGCGCCGCCAUGACCUUCCUCCUGCCCUCGCUCUUCCACCUGCAGCUCAAAUGGACCAAGCUGGACAGGCGGCUCAAGAUCCUCGAUUUCCUGAUCUUAGUUCUGGGAUCCCUGUGCAGCGUGUCCGGGGUCAUCUGCUCUGUUAAAGGAAUGGGUGAGGCCUUUGCCGGUAGAUAA